AUGGACCUCACAGCUGGACCCAAUGAAAUCUUAGUGCUGUGUUUUGUCUUUCUGGUCAGCCACCCUCAAUCAGUGUAUGUAACCAACCUCUCUAAACCUGUGACAUGGAACUGGUGUGCAUUUGUUCACAAGCGUGCUGUUACUGUGGCAGUAUCCUGUGGAACUGAGAAGUACACCAUCAAGUCCCAGAGUCCCUGUCCUAAUGGCACCCCAGACUGCCAGCUAGUCAUGUACAAGCUGUCCACUCGGCCAGUGUACAGACAGAAGGAGACAAUCUACACUGCUCUGCUGUGGCGAUGCUGCCCUGGGCAUGCUGGGAAAAACUGUGAGGAGACAGUCACAGACGGCCACGUCUCAGAAUCUGAAGACCCCAGCAUGGCAGGCACAGCACAUCCAGGGGGACAUGAAGCGACAGACAGACGACAUAACAAACUAACUCGGGAGAACAGAGAGCAGAAUGAUUACCAAAUGUUUGGCGGUCCACCAUAUGAAGCUCACCAACCUGAUGUAGAGAAUCAAACUGCAGCAGAGCCCACUGAUGACUAUGAGCACAGCCGUCAUGCUGGCCAUGACCACUUUGAGAGGAGAGAUCCUUAUGCUGUAAAUGAAGGUGUUCCUCAACCUGAAACUCCUUACCUUCAUCACGGGCUCCUACCAAUCUUGAAAGAGGCUGUGAUGUCUCAGCUGCAACCUGUGUUGGACAGUUUCAAUCUAACCCUGGAACGGCUUUCUCAGGAGGUGCAGGGUUUGCAGCGGGACAUGGCCCAACUCCGACAUGAACAGGGGCAGGGGAGGGCCACUGAGCCUCUGGAGGUUGGUGGUGAGGAGCAAAAUCCACAGGAGGCUGUUGAGGCAGAGUUGAGGGAGAGUUUACAGAAGCUGGAGGAAGUGAAAGCUCAGUUUCACCACCACCGCGAUGAGGUAGAAGCGAGGCUCCACUUGCAGCAAACCAUGCUGCACUACAACCUGACGAAGUUCAAGACAGACAUAGAUGUCAAACUCAAACGUAACCAAAAGAUGUUACAGGUGAAUCUCCACUCCCUGAACACAUCAAUGUCUGAAGUGCGGCAGGAGCAGGAGAGGCUGGACGAGGAACUUCAGAAGAUUUGGCCUGAAAAGAAGACCGAUCCUGCACAGAGUCAGUCUUAUGAGAGCACAGCUGUUUGGGAGGCCAUCACACGUCUGGACAACAAAGUCAUCAACAACACAGUGAGACUUAGUGGCUUGAUUGAAGGCCAUGAACAAGUGACUGCAAACAUUAAGGACCUCCAGAAUGGUUGGAGAGAUCUGGACAAGAAAAUAGUCCAGACUGGCCUCAAUAGCCAGGUUCAGUUUAUGGAGACCGGUUUAGAGGUGGAGGCAGCCAAGGUAGCAGUUCUUGACCGCAUUAAUGAGCUAAACAGCAACAUCAGUGUUCUCCAAAGCACCCUGCAGGAGAUGGAGACUGAUGUCGACUAUCUCUAUACAGAGUAUUACAAGAAUAUAAGUUCGGCAAGUGGGGUUUGUGACUGUAUCGCUCUUGGAGCAUCGGUGACCCAGUUGGAAGAAACUGUAGCUAAUGUGAAAGAGAUAGCGAAUGAAAAUAAGCUGGCCCAUGAGCGUGAGGCUCAGGAGAUGUUAGACAGUCUUUCUUGGAUUCCAACCGCGGAAGAUCUGAAACUAGGGCUACUAAAUGUGCAAAAGUCUCUUGCUUUUGAACAGGAAAAGAGCAGAAUGUUACAGCACAAUGUGAUGCAACUCCAGGCCUCUCUACUGGGCAGCCAGCAGGACAUCGAAACACUCCAAGAGCAUGAUAAAGUCGAGAAGAUCCAGCAACUACAUAGCAUUUUCAAGACCUUGCUUCAGGAUGCCAUUCGUCAUUCGGAGGUACUGGAGAUUUUGCUUGGGGAAGAGGUGUUGGAGUUCAUGGCAUGGUCUCCUGAGGAAAAAAGACGUUUCUCUAUACCAGAAUUGAGGGAAAGCAUCAGAGAUAUGCAAGAGCAGAUCAAUGGACACAGUCGCAGCUUGGCCUCAAUGCUGAACUCUGCUGCCCAUCAGGUGACGGCAGCAGAUGAGCCCUCAGUGCUUUCAGACUGGGCCUUGGUGGGCAUCAAAAGGAGACGUGGGGAUGAAAGGUUUGACCUGUCCGAGGAGCUGCCAGAGUACUCUGAUAAUGACUUCUGGACCUUAGAGAAAAUGGUGAAGGAACUUGGAGCUGACAUUAAACAGCUUGAGGAACAUCGUUGUCCUUCUUGCUGCAACUGCACUAAAACUGCUGCCACUGGUGGUGUGGAGGUGAAACUGCAGUCCGACGUGGAUACUUUGCGUAAGGACCUUGAGACCCACCUUGGAGUUUUCAACAGCAUUUUCAGUAAUACAGAGGGACUUACUGGCUCUGAGAUAUCUGUAGAUUUGAAUAAACUGUCAGUUUUGAUGAAGAGAAAGGAAGCAAAACAGCAAAACAGGAAACAAAGGAAGAGGGCAGAUAACAGAGCUGUUCAGACAGGAGAACGAGUGAAUUACCGCAUCAAAAGGGAUGCAUCACUGGAGUCCGCAGUGCUUCGUCAGCUCCCAGAUAGUCCAAUUAUGUUCCUGGCCAGCACUACAGAAGGUGCUAACGGAUCUGGUACGGUACUUUUUGAAAGCGUGACCCUAAAUCAUGGACAAUUAUACUCGCCAAAAACAGGCAUAUUUCGUGCUCCUACUUCUGGUGCUUACCUCUUUGUGGUAACACUGGACUUUGGACCAGGCCCAUCUCUGGCUCAAUUAAAGAGAGGUGGAGAGGUAGCUGCCUCCUUGCGGCAGAACCCGAGGAAGUUGGGUGCACCUGCAACACGUGUCUGCAUCCUGCAGAUGGAGCAAGGAGAGGAACUCCGUCUAGAGCUGGUGCAGGGAACUAUAGAGCGCAACAACCCACAAGAUAACACGUUUGCGGGUCUACUAAUGCUGCAGACCGCCUGAGAACAUGCGACUAACUAAAGGUGCAAGCAGACUGCAUGAUGGCAAAAAAUAUGCUUUUUUUUUUUGCACUGCUCGCCACUUAAAUUUCUCAUUCAGGAUUUGAGAGACUAAAAUAACAGCUAGCAAUUAUGAAAUUUAUAUUUGGUUCCAGUGUGACAACUACGAUAUCCUUUAUAAGCCCUAAAAUAGAUGUCAAGAUAUUUUACUUUUUCAGUUCAUACAAAAAACAAACAAAACCCACAGAAAAAAAAAUGUGUACUAAAAUUAUAUUUUUUAACGAUUACAUGGACAAAUAUUAUACAGAGUUUGAGGCCUAAUCUUAAGGCACCCUUUCAACAUGGGGCUGAAUAAAACAAAAAACAUGUUUCCAAAUUAGACAGGUUGUUUAAUAUAUUACAUAGCGAUGGGCUGGUGAUAUUAUAGUAAAGCACACUGAAAUACCUACAGGCAUAUGUACAGUAAGGGAAAAACACAUCCUUUCAACAUACUUAACUCAGAUUACAGUGAGGAGGUGCAUUCUCAGUUUUUGGAUGAAGUACAGAAGCCUUAGGGGAUGCAUGCAAAAUUCAGCAUUUGGGAAAAUUCAGACAAAAUUAUUGAAAAGAAAAAGAUGAGAUUCUGGAAUAGCCAUGAUUCGACUUUCUUUAAUGCAAUCAAUCAAACGCUAACUUAACGUUUUAAAAUCUCUUUUAGCCACAGAAAAGCAUUUGAUAUAGAUGAUUCCAUUUUCAUACUUGUAUAGUAGUAAGAGCAACAAAUGUAUUUUCAUAUACACCAAAUCUAAUGUUUCUCUAGCGUACUGUACUGUAUGCUGAAGUUAUCCACUCUGAAGUGAGAUAAUGUUUCCUUUAAUAGAUCUAUUUCUUUUCAGAAUAUUUUAAAUCCUUUUGUAAGCAUGUCAGUAACCUUGACAUAUUGUUUUAAUCAAGAUGCCCUUUUGGCAUUUCCCGGCGUACUGUUCUGAAAGUACAAAGCACCUUAGUCUGGCACAUAGUAUUUUCACACAUCCUGUCUUUAAGGGUCCAGAUAGUGGUGGAACGAACUAUUGUGAAUUGUUCUGUUACUAUUACAAAUCACAUUGGUUUUUACAAUGGCACUGAGAAUAA